UCCGCAGACACUUUGGUUUUGAGUCUCUGUAGAGUUUUAGAAUUUCAUCAAUCCAACAAUGGCGGAUGUCGAACCAGAGGUUGCUGCAGCUGGAAUCGUGAAAAAGAGAACGUUCAAGAAGUUUUCUUUCAGAGGAGUCGAUCUCGAUGCUCUUCUCGACAUGUCGACCGAAGAUCUUGUCAAGCAUUUCAGUGCCCGUAUCCGUAGAAGAUUCUCUAGAGGAUUGACCAGGAAGCCUAUGGCUUUGAUCAAGAAAUUGCGCAAAGCGAAAUUGGAGGCACCAGCUGGUGAGAAGCCAGCAGCAGUGAGAACACAUUUAAGGAACAUGAUCAUUGUGCCUGAAAUGAUUGGAAGCAUCAUCGGUGUUUACAACGGAAAGACUUUUAACCAAGUCGAGAUUAAACCGGAGAUGAUUGGACAUUACUUGGCUGAGUUCUCAAUCUCAUACAAACCGGUUAAGCACGGUAGGCCUGGUGUUGGUGCUACCAAUUCCUCCAGGUUUAUCCCUCUCAAGUGAAGCCAAUGCAAGACUCUAAGGGAAGCCAAUGCAAGACUCUAUAUUGUUUUUUUCUUCCAUCUCUAUUGUUUUGCUACUAAUCUUUAUCUUCUUUACAUAACCUUAAUGUCUUUUAAGGUUUAGACUUUGAGUCAUGUAUUAAGUUAUUUCAUUUUGCUACUCAUUUUUUUUACUUAUGUUGAAGUUUUCAAAUAUAGUUCAUCAACUCAGAAAACUUAAUGAUUCAGGGAGAUGUUUCUUUUGGUUCU